CAUUUUCCUUUUGACUAAAACCAACAGUCGGAUAUUCUUCUCUGGCUCUCCAGAAAAUCGUCCGGUGAUGGUUUGAAACUCGACAACAAUGUCCGGCAGCGUGAAAAAGCUCAUAGUCGGCGUAGACUACGGCACGACUUUCUCAGGUGUCAGCUAUGUCUUCUCUGAUGCCUCAAAUGUCAGUGAUGUGGAGAUCCUAGAUUCAUGGGGCGCGGGCGAUCAAUAUCAAAGACAAGUUCCUUCACGAAUCUCCUACGAUCCCCGCUAUACCUGGGGCUAUGACAUUGGGAAUCGCGAGUUGGCCUACUGCUGGACGAAACUUCUGCUGGACGACCAUGCUAUCGAAACGCAACACGAUGAUGGUAACCUCAGGAAAUACUAUGGUGCCGGUUUCAAGACAACGCCCAAGGGCAAGACUGCUACAAAUGUGGUUGCAGACUACCUGAAGUUUCUCUACUCUCACAUGAUGAGAGAGCUCGGGCGAAAGCUCUCUGAGGAGAUCCUGGCCGUCACACCCAUCCAAUUCUGGUUUACGCUGCCUGCGCUAUGGUCGCACAGGGCGCAGAACGCUACGCUGCAGGCGGCCACCCGGGCUGGCUUUGGGAGUAGGCACAAUGAUGAGAUCCACCUCGUCAAGGAGCCUGAGGCGGCGGCUAUUGCUUGCCUCAGUGGUCUGACUGCCAAAGGCCCAUCUCCUCAUGUGCAGGCUGGCAAGAUUGUCCUUGUUUGUGAUUGUGGCGGUGGUACUGUGGAUUUGGCUUCGUACGAAAUCACUUCGGAAAGACCCAAGCUCUCGUUGAAGGAAGUAUGCGUCAGUGAAGCCGGAAAGUGUGGCUCAACCACGAUCGACCGAGCCUUCUACCAGUUGAUGAGGAAGCGCUUCGGCGGAGUGUUUGAGAAAGUACCGGAGGAGAAGCGCGGCGUGACCUCCAAAUUCAUGAAGGACUUCGAAGCCGCCAAGAAAGAUUUCGGAGUGUCCGACCAUCCUCGUAAUACGCGGUUGAACCUGAAGAUGCAGGCCAAGGCUUCUGAACACUACGAUGAUGAUGAUAACGAGGUUAUCCUGACAGGUUUCGACAUGAAGCAGCUGUUCGAUCCGGUGGUACAGCAAGUUCUGGGACUAUUGCAAAAGCAAAUCAAGGCCACGGAGAAGGCAGGACGUACUGUGAAU